CUCGUUUUCAUCAUUUUCCUCACCCCUCCUUUCUCUAACUGACUUAUUUUGUUUGCUUGUACUGGUUUGCCGGAACCCUAACUCGAUCAGCCGGAGAAUUCAACAUUCUGUUUUAUGGUGCAGUAAAUGACCGUAGGACUAGGGAGGAGUUGAGAUCAAACAGCCUGGGUUUCAUCACCGGAUGGAGGGAGGUAGCGUCUUUAGACUUACUUGCUCUGGGAUACACUCAUGGAUUAUAAUGACAAUAAGCUCCAAAGUCCGAAUCUUCAUUUAGCUGGCGAAGGGAACAGUAAAUUUCCUCCUGUUUUACGCCCAUAUGGUCUCCCAAGAUUUGAUUUUGAUGAUAACCUUCAUGGACAUUUAAGAUUUGAUAGUCUGGCUGAAACUGAAGUUUUUCUUGGCAUUGAAAGUUGUGAAGAUAACCAGUGGAUCGAAGAUUUUUCACAGGGGAGUACUGAGAUUGUAUUUAGUUCGAGCGCAGCUGAACCUUGUUCAAUUUCUAGACGAAACAAUGUCUGGUCUGAGGCAGCCUCUUCUGAAUCGGUUGAAAUGCUAUUAAAAUCUGUAGGUCAGGACGAUAGUAUUCUUGGUCAAACCACUAGUAAGGAUUCAGAUGCCCAUGAUGAACUGGGCGGUGGCAUAAUAAAGCAUAUGGAGCCUAGUUUGAAACAUGGAGAUAGUGAUCUUACUAAAGUAGGGAAUGGCUUACAACCUGCUUCACAGACCGGUGAGAUUCCAGGAAAAUUUUCUGGGUUAAAUGGUGAUGUAUUGGGAGAUCUGUUGUUUGUUGACAGUGUUUCUCAAGCACAUGAAUUGAAAGCUCCAAAGAUGAGAAGUACUGACUUAUCUGUGAGAGAUGAGUCUAAAGAUGAUGAACAAAUUGUUGUUAGUGAAAAUCAAGUGGAAGCAUCAGUUGAUCAAUGCAUGGAUAACAGGGAACAUGUAGAUAACUUUGCUUCUGGGUCACAAAUUGAUAUCAUGGUUCCACCUGUGCAAAACUCCUGUGAAAGUAGUAAGGAUUCAGAUGCCUGUGAUGAACUGGGUGGCAUAAUAAAGCAGAUGGAGCCUAGUUUGACGAAUGGAGGUAGUGGUCUUCCUGAAGUUGGGGAUGGAAUACAGCCUGUCUUACAGACAGAUGAGAUUCCUGGAAAAUUUUCUGGGGUGAAAGUUGAUGUAUCAGGAGACAAUCUGUUAGUUCAAGAUGUUUCUCCUACACAUGAAUUUGACUCCUCUGUUGAUGGGACAUUGAAAGUUCCAAACACGGGAAACACUGACUUACCUAAGAGAGAUGAGUCUAAAGAUGAAAAUCAAGUGGAAGCUUCGGUUGAUCAAUUUGUAGAUAACAAGGAACAGGUAGAUAAUUUUGCUUCAGGGUCACAAGUUGAUAUUUUGAUUUCCUCUGUGCAAAAUGCCUGUGCAAAUAGUGCUCUUUUAGAGAGGCAAGAUACAACAUAUUUGAAAAAUGUUACUGUUGAUGAAAAUGUGGUCAGUUUAGCAAGGGAAAGUGUUGCUUUGAGCCAAGAAAUUCACAUUGAUGGUGAGAACUUGAUUGGAAAUGCAGUUGCAAGUGUUACCUCAGAUGUGCAUAAGCAUUCAGUUUCAGACAUGCAAUCUGGGGAAGAUGGACAUGUUGGAAAUAUCAUACCUACUGUGGGGGAGCCUUCUGAUAGGAUAUUGAAAGAGAAUUCUGACCUCCAUAUGGUGGAAGGGUGCAGUGAGGGCUUGGGUGUAGAAAGUACUCUGCAGACUGACAUAUCCAAUGAUAAUGUCUUAUCUGUAGGAACGUUACAUGACAUAUCACCAAUGCCCUUUGUUGGUGUUACUACCAUUAAGGAGCAGGAAAGUGAAAUCAGCAAUAUUGAUACUCAAAUUUCUGUGAGUCGAGAAUCAAAGUUGGAUAACUUGGAUUCAAUGGUGCAGAUAACAUCUAAUGCCACAGAGAAGAAAGAUUUGCCAGAAAGUGAUUGCCACUCUGAUCCAAAAAUCUUGAGCAGCAAGUCUGAGAAAUAUUUCUUGUCUGAGGAAGAUGGUAAAGGUUCUAUGGGUGAAGGUGAUGGUGCCCCCAAUACUUUGGGAGCAGAACCGAUGAGAGUAGAUGAAGAAUUUAUAGUUACUGAACAUACUGAUGAUUCAAAAUUUGAGCAGAAUGUUUCAGCUGCUGAAAAGCAGAACACCAAAUCGACUUCUGAUUGUAGUAAAACAGAUUGCAUGGAGGGUGGAUCUCUGAUUGUAUUAAAGGGAGGUGACUCCUCUUCCUUCGGCACAGGUGACACAGGAAAUGAAUUAGCUUCAAUUUUUCUAUCUGAUGUUGCCAUUAGUGGCAAGUCAGCAGAUUGUAUGCUUUUGCCUUCUGGUAAGAAUCUUCCUGCUGCUGCUGUUUUGGAUCCAAAGGAGGUUCAAAGCUCAUCUCCAGAAGCAAGUUUCUCAAUCAUAAAGACUUCUGGAAUCUCAUCCGAAGGUGCAUCUUGUGAGACUGGUGGACAGUCCUUUUGUAAGAAAGAUGAUCAGUCCUUGUCAAUGGAGGACACCUCCAAUGCUGUUGGCCAAAGUGGAGAACAGACACUUCACAGUGUCACUUUGGAGGCUGCAAAGGAUAUACAUGCAUCUUCUGUUAUCUCUGAUUCAACUGUAAAAGAGACUGAUGAUGAUGAAGCUCAAGUUAUUUCUAGGGGUUCUUCAGGACCUUCAGGUGUUGGAUCCAUUCCAGAGAAGAACAAGACAUCAACAAAUUCUGUCCCUUCAACUUCAAAGGAACUGUCCCAUGCUGACCAAAAUCAUCCAGAAGAUAGUGACCCCAAAUUACAUUCUCAAGAGUUUAGUGGUCAUAUUGAUGUGCAUCAUGCUGAUGGUGAUCAUGCGAAGACAUAUGAUAGUUCCUUUCCUUCUGCAUCUUCAUCUGAAUCUCAAAGUAAAACUAACUUGAAGGAAUGUGGUAGUAGUGCUGAUCUUGACAAUCCUUUCUGUGGAUCUCCAAUUCUAACUAGGACUUCCGAGCAGCCAGAAAGUAAAAUUGGAAUGAAUACUGUGAAAGGAUCCAAAGAUCUGAAAACUUCUGUGUCUGGGAUCAUUAGUGAGGAAGCAAACAAAGAGCACUCUAUUUCUCAGGAUACUAAAGGAAAUGAUGCAUCUUCGAUGGACAGAAGUUUCACCUUUGAGGUUCCUCCAAUGGAAAGUUUGUCGAAAACAGAAGUUGACAGGAAUUGGCAACCUUUUGCUAGUGUUCAGCAUGACAAAAUAUACUCGAAGGCUGGUGACAGAACUCCAUCAACCUCUGGGUCAACCAAAGUGGGUCCCGAAACAGCUGAAGAGGUGAGUCGCUCAAAUCUUCAGACAUCCAAGAGGGAGAAUGUGUGUGGUGGCUCCAAGGGGACUUCUGAGAGCAGAACAAGGCGAGCAGGAAGUAAGAGCACAGGAAAGGCAGCUGCUAAAAAGGGCAUUGUUGGAAAAGAUAAGACCCCUGCAAGACAAUCAGAACGAAGUGAUAAAACAGGUAAUGCAUCACUCAGUACAGCUGAAAUUGGCCAGCUUGGGAAAUCCAAUGAGAUGCAGCACUUUGAACACAUGGAAGUUUUUCACCAGCCUUUUACAGAUUUGCAACAAGUUCAGUUGCGUGCGCAAAUUUUUGUAUAUGGAGCUCUGAUUCAAUUAACAGUACCGGAUGAGUCUUGUAUGAUAUCAGCAUUUGGGGGACCUGAUGGAAGAACCAUAUGGGAGAAAGCCUGGCGAGCAUGUAUGGACAGGGCACAUUGUCAAAAAUCUCAUCUUGAAAACCCUGAAACUCCGUUGCAGGCACAUAUAGGUGCUAAAACUCCUGAUCAAUCAAUCAAACAAAAUGUACUGCAGACUAAGAUUACAUCCUCACCUGCUAGUCAGUCUAGCGGGAGGGGUACUCCAACAACAACUGAAAAGCCAAUGAUCCCCCUUUCCUCACCACUUUGGACUAUUCCUACGCCUGCCGGUGAUGCUGUUCAACCUAGUAGCUUUCCAAGAGGUGCAGUUGUGGAUUAUCGGCAAUCACUUUCUCUUUUGCAUACUUCACCUAUAAGGAAUUUUGUUGGACAUAAUGCUCCUUGGGUGUCCCAAUACCCUUUUCGUGGCCCCUGGGUUCCACAGAGUUCCGCAUCUGAUAGCAGUGCUCAUUUUCCUGUACUUCCCAUCACAGAAGCAGUUAAUUUAACACCAGAAAGAGAGACAACUGUGCCUAAUUCUUCUGUCAUUAGGCAGGUUUCCACAGUUCUUACAGUCCAGAGUGAGGGUCCUGCUAAUGCCUUUGCAGGGACUCCCCUGCUUGAUAACAAAAAAGUAACAUCCAGAUCUAGUCAGAAUCCUGCUGAUCCAAAGCCUAGAAAAAGGAAAAAGUCUGUUUCUGAGGACCCUGGGAAGAUUAUACUGCAUUCUCAAGCAGAGUCUGUUUUGGCUACUGUUGUGAAUAGUCAUGCCUCUACACCUGCUGGUAUUACAAGCCCUGCUACCAUUAUUUCAAAGUUGCCCACUAACAAUUUUAUUACAUCUGUGGCUGCUGAUCAUAUAAAAAAUGGUGAUCGAGAUUCAGAUCAGAAGGCUACUCUGUCUGAAGAGACCCUUGGUAAACUCAAGGAGGCACAGAAGCAGGCUGAGGCUGCUGCUGCCCUUGCUGCUGCUGCUGUUAGUCACACUCGGGAAAUAUGGAAUCAGUUGGAGAAGCAGAAAAAUUCUGAGUUGGUACCAGAUGUUGAAACUAAGCUGACUUCCACAGCUGUCGCAAUUGCAGCAGCUGCUUCUGUUGCAAAGGCUGCAGCUGCAGCUGCCAGUGUUGCCUCAAAUGCUGCCAUACAAGCAAAGCUGAUGGCUGAUGAAGCAUCGGUCUCAAGUGGCUACAGAAAUCCUCUUCCAACUACUAAUGCAAUCUCUUCUGGUAGUGUGAACCUUGACAAGGCAACUCCUGCAUCUGACUUGAGGGGUGAAGAUGCUGCUACUAGUUCAAAUUUUGUUAUUGUUGCUGCAAAGGAAGCUUCUACGAGUAGGGUAGAAGCUGCUUCAGCUGCGUCAAAGCAAGCCGAAAACAUGGAUGCUGUUGUUAAGGCUGCUGAGCUGGCAGCUGAAGCAGUAUCACAGGCUGGGAAAAUUGUUAUGGGUGAGCCUUUCUCAUUGACUAAAUUGGUAGAAGCUGGUCCAGAGGCAUACUGGAAAGUACCCCAUGCACCUUCUGAGCCAGAUGAUGUUGUCAAAGAACAUGUAAAGAAAGGUGGUAAUGUGGAGGCUCCUGGUUCAUUUUCCCGGCAUCCACAAGAGGUUCCCAUUGAUAAGAGCGAGAAGCAGAGUAAUAACCAUGAAAUGUCAUCAUUUCUUAGAGAUAUGGCCAGAGAGUCGAUGCAGGAUCAUUCCAGGCUGACAGAUGAGAUUCUGGGUGCUGCUGCAACAUUUGGAAAUGAUAAAAUGGGACAAAAGGGCCUCAAAGCUUCAGAUAUUGCCAAAAGUACAGGAGUGCCCACUAAUGCUGAACAUGGGAAAGAAGAGGAAACUUUGAAAGAUAACAAUAUGAGGGAAGGUUCCCAUGUUGAGGUAUUGAGAGAUGGAGGUUGCUCGAAAGUUGCAUGGUUCCUAGCUGAUAUUCUGGAUUUGAAAGAUGGCAAAGCUUACGUUUGUUACAAUGAACUUCGAUCAGAGGAUGGUGAUAGGCUAAAGGAAUGGGUGGAGCUUGAAGGUGAAGGGGAUAGAACACCCAGGAUACGCACUGCUCGUCCUAUUACAGUCAUGCCAUUUGAAAGAACGAGGAAGAGGCGCAGGGGUGCCAUGGAGGACUAUAAUUGGUCCGUUGGAGAUAGUGUUGAUGCAUGGAUGCAAGAUAGCUGGUGGGAGGGAGUUGUCAAAGAGCAGAGCAAGAAAGAUGAAACAUCGUAUACUGUCCAUUUUCCCGCUCAAGGAGAAACAUCUGUUGUUAAAGCAUGGCUUCUACGUCCUUCUCUGGUGUGGAAGAAUCGUAACUGGGUUGAAUGGUCCAGUUCCAGGGAUAAUGAUGGCUCUUCCCGUGAGGGUGAUACCCCACUGGAAAAGCGACCAAGGAUUGGAAGUCCCGUGGCAGAUUCCAAAGACGAAAGAACAAAAAGUUUUGACAAUGAGGAAUCUAAGAAACCUGAUGACAAGAGAUUGCUGGAUUUACCUGUGGGUGAAAAAAUAUUUAAUAUUGGUAAAUGCACUAGGGAUGAGAGUAUGCUUGGUUCACAAAGAAUGAAACGUUCGGGUUUGAAAAAGGAAGGUUCAAGGGUUAUUUUUGGUGUUCCUAAGCCAGGAAAGAAGAGAAAGUUUAUGGAAGUAAGCAAACAUUAUGUUGCAGAUCAGACCAGUAGAACUCAUGAAACAAGUGAUUCUGCUAAAUUUACAAAAAAAUCAAUGCCUCGGGGACCUGAGCCUGGUAGAACAAAAAGUAAAAUUGAACCAAAGGAAAAACGAAUGGUUGUAUCCAAGCCUAAGGUUCUAAAGUCUGGAAAAACACCCAGUGUUUCUAGUAGAACUGUUCCUCAGAAGGACAGCUUAUCAAGCAAUGUGGGUUCCAAACCUGAUGAUGCUGAGAAUAUAUCAGGAGAGCAUAACACUGAGUUCAGAUCGUUUCCAAGUUCAGAUGGAGCAGCAGAGUGCCGGGUAUUAUUUUCUUCUAUGGCUGCCUCAUCAGAUGUAAUCCUCGAGAAAGCUUCCAUCUCAAAUGCUAAAUCUGAACGCAUUAGUAAAGGGAAACUUGCACCGGGUUCUGGGAAGUCGGCUAGAGUUGAGGAGGAAACUAAAACCGUCUCUGAAGCUGUUGAACCUCGUAGAUCUAAUCGGAAGAUUCAGCCGACAUCAAGACUCUUGGAAGGACUGCAAAGCUCAUUGCUCGUCUCGAAAGUUCCGGUUUUGCACGACAAAGGUCAAAGCAGGAGUACUAGAGGAAAUAACCAAGGUUGAGAGGAAGGCAGCUGUUUUGCGACAUGGGAAUCCAGUCUUUUGAGAAAUUGGAUGAGCAGGCAAACAUUAAAUAGUGUAAUUUAUGACACGGCAGAUAGAGCUAGGAACCAGAAUUGCUUCUUUGGAUUUGAGAUGUAGCAGUAGAUUUUAUAAUAUUUAUUUUUCAAUUGAUUUUUAGUUUUGUUUAUAGUUAUAAUAUGAGUUCUCAUUGGC